UAUAUCUACUUUCCUCUCACACACCCCUAGAGAGAGAGAGAGAUAGACAGAACGGUGUUACCGCUUUAAGGGGAGAGAGAAAGAUACAGAGAAAAAGUUCCCUUCUUCAUUUAGAAAUUUAGAUACAGAGAAGACAGAGAGUUUGUGAUGAUGAGUCUGAGAAGAGGAGGAGAGAGACAGGACUUUCCGGCAGCAGCGUACAACGUUGUCCAUAAGCUGCCUCACGGUGACAGUCCUUAUGUCCGAGCAAAACAUGUUCAGCUUGUGGAAAAGGAUGCAGAAGCAGCGAUAGAGCUGUUCUGGAGAGCGAUCAGAGCGAGAGACAGAGUGGAUAGUGCUCUUAAAGACAUGGCUUUGCUUAUGAAACAACAGAACAGAGCUGAUGAAGCCAUUGAAGCUAUUCAAUGCUUUAGAGAUCUUUGUUCCAGACAAGCUCAAGAAUCACUCGACAAUGUCCUUAUCGAUCUCUACAAGAAGUGUGGGAGGAUAGAAGAGCAAGUUGAGUUACUGAAGCAAAAGCUUUGGAUGAUAUAUCAAGGAGAAGCAUUCAACGGGAAGCCGACGAAGACGGCGAGAUCUCACGGGAAGAAGUUUCAGGUCACGGUGGAGAAGGAGACAUCUAGGAUCUUGGGAAACUUGGGAUGGGCUUAUAUGCAGCUAAAGGAUUACACAGCGGCUGAAGCUGUGUACCGUAAAGCUCAAGUUGUAGAGCCUGAUGCAAACAAGGCUUGUAAUCUUUGCACUUGUCUCAUCAAGCAAGGGAAGUUCGAUGAAGCGAGGACGAUUCUGUUUCGUGAUGUAUUGCAGGAGAAAAGAGAAGGGUUUGGUGAUGAUUCGAGGUUGAAGGCUCGAGUUCAAGAGCUGUUGAGCGAGCUAGAUGUUUUUGCUUCUGUGUCUGUGGAAUGUGAGGUUGGUAUGGAUGAGAUUGCAGUUGUUGAAGGGAUUGAUGAGUUUAUGAAAGAAUGGAGGAGGCCUUUGAGGACAAGAAGACUUCCGAUUUUCGAAGAGAUCUUGCCACUGAGAGAUCAACUGGCUUGUUGAUGUUUCUGUGUUGUUUUGAAUACUGAAUAGGAAACUUUUCAUGUAGAAGAGUGUAGUGAAUGUAAGUUUACUUCUUGUAAGCUGUUUUCGUAUCAUCGUUAACUUGUUACUUAUUGUAAUGUCUAAUGAGUAACAAAAAAAACUCUCAUUCCAAAUACUCUGUACUACUACUUUCAUUAAAUAGAAGAAAAAAAAGAUAUUUAGAGGUCAA